AUGUGGAAGAAUACUAGUAGUCAUGCAAGUGAUGAAGAUGAUAACGAAAAUGCAACUCUUGGAUUUCUUGAUAUUGUAUUCUCAUGGUCUCUUAAAGAUGUUCUCAAUGAAAAUCUCUACAGAAAUAAGGUGAAAAAAAUUCCUGAAACAUUUAAUUCUCCAACUGAUUACAAGAACUCCUUCAUUACUCCACUGUUGGAAGAGACACACUCUGACUUAUAUUCAAGCUUGUCAACAGGAGUGUCUCAUGCUCCUUUUUGCGAAGUCACGAAAGUUGAAAGAGACAUCAAGGAAUUUAGACUUCCGAAAGCCUUAUUCUAUCAAUUAUCACUUAAGAGUUCAACAAAUGUAGAUGAAAAAGAUGUCGUAAAAUAUGAACCAGAGGCUGGAGAUCUUAUUGCUUUCACAGAUAAUCGGCCUAGAAGAGCAGAUGACUUGAACACACAGAGAUGUCCCUACACAAUUGCUUAUGUUAUUGCGCCGAAAGAUGAUUUUUCUGGUGAAAUUUUGAUACUGUCAUCUAAAUGCUUGACUGAAUUUGACUUCAAGAAAGACAGUACAAAUAAAAUGUUUGCAGUUCAACUUAUGAACAUGACAACGAAUAUUCGUAUUUGGAAAGCCUUGAAUUCACAGACAGAGGGUGAACACCUCGACCUCAUUAAAAAAGUGUUGCGACCUUGCCUCAAUAGUGGAGAAAACUGCAAAAUAUGCAUUUCUAGAUCAAAGAGUGAAUCUUCUUUCAUUCAAGAUGAUAUCAUUCGUGCGCAGAAUCUGAAUGAAUCUCAAGAAGACGCAGUUCUAAGCAGUAUUAGUAUGAUAAAUUGUUACCAUUCUAAUACUAAACUGAUAUGGGGGCCACCAGGAACCGGCAAAACCAAGACUGUUUCAUGUUUGCUAUUUUCUCUACUCAAGUUGAAAACCAGAACACUAACUUGUGCCCCCACGAACACCGCAAUUUUGCAAGUGGCGACAAGGUUGCAUAGUUUGGUUAAGGAUUCACUGGAGUAUGAUACAUAUGGUUUAGGUGACAUUGUUCUCUUUGGCAAUAGUAACAGAAUGAAAUUAGGUUCUCAUCCUGGUCUUGAAAAUAUCUUCCUUGAUAAUCGUGUAAAGAAUCUCAUGCAGUGCUUUAAUCCGUCAAAUGGUUGGAAGCAUACUUUGGAAUACACGAUCCAAUUUCUUAAUGAUCCCGAGAAAGAAUAUGUUUCUGAGAUUGGUCCUAAGUCCCUUGAGGAUUUUGCUAGGGAAAAGCAUAGGAAUGUUUUGUAUUUAUAUUUUACACACAGGCAUGCUAGUGAUAAGUAUAUUGAUAAAACAUUUGAAGAAUAUUUGCGGGAGUCGCAUAAAGACAUAGUUAAGGAAUACAAUGAAAGUUUCAUGACAAUGGAGGAAUUUGUGAAGAAGAGGUUUCGUGAACUAAGAGAGCGCUUAAAGUUCUUGAUACAAACCUUAUACACGCACUUGCCAAAAUGUUUCAUUUCACUUGCAACGGUGAAAAUAAUGUUUCGAGCUGUUGAAUUGCUAAGGUCUAUUGGAAUUUCUUUGUAUAACGCCAAGUUCAAAAAUACUCUUGAUGAAAAUGAAAAAGAAAGUAUUCCUGCUUGCUUUGAAGUAUCAAACAUUGAAAUAGCGGAGUUCCUUAGAAUACUAACUUUGCUUUCUAGUUCAAUUUCGCUUCCUGAACUCAAUGGAAGAGUUCCAAUGGAAAAGUUUUGCUUGUCGAAUGCAUGUCUAAUUUUGUGUACGGUUUCUAGUUCUAUCAAAUUGUACACUGAAGGAAUGACUCAAGUCAAAUUUUUAGUAAUUGAUGAAGCUGCACAAUUGAAAGAAUGUGAAUCAGCAAUUCCAUUGCAGCUACCGGGUCUUCAACACUGUAUUCUCAUAGGGGACGAGAAACAGCUUCCUGCAUUAGUCAAAAGCAAGAUUGCUGAUAAUUGUGGAUUUGGAAGGAGUAUGUUUGAGAGAUUGGUAAUGUUAGGAUACAAGAAGCAUAUGCUUAAUGUUCAGUAUCGAAUGCAUCCAUCGAUAAGCCUAUUUCCUUGCAAAGAGUUCUAUGAUGAAAAAAUUUCUGAUGCCCCUUGUGUCAAGGAACAAAGCUAUAAUAUGACUUUCCUUGAAGGAGAUAUGUAUGCUUCUUUUUCUUUCAUUAACAUAGCUAAGGGUAAGGAGAAAUUCGGCCGUGGACAUAGCUUGAAGAAUAUUGUUGAGGCUGCCGUUAUUUCUGAGAUUAUUAAAAAUCUUAAAAAAGAGUUUAUCAGGACAAAGAAGAAAGUUAGCAUUGGAAUCAUAUCUCCAUACAAUGCUCAAGUUUUCGAAAUCCAAGCUAAAAUUAAGCAGUACACUUCAGUUUCUGAUACGGACUUCACUGUCAGUGUCCGUUCUGUAGAUGGUUUUCAAGGCGGUGAAGAAGAUAUAAUAAUAAUGUCUACUGUUAGAUCGAACGGAAGUGGAAAAGUUGGUUUUCUUUCUAAUCGACAAAGAGCUAAUGUCGCAAUGACUAGGGCUCGAUAUUGUUUGUGGAUAUUAGGAAAUGCUUCUACUUUAUCCAAUAGUGAUUCUAUUUGGCGAAAGUUAAUUCUUGAUGCAAAGAGAAGAGAUUGUUACCAUAAUGCUGAUGAAGACAAAAAAUUAGCUCGAGUUAUCGAUGAUGUCUUGUUUGAGCUUGAACUUCUUGGCGAAUCUGAGUCAUCAUUUAAGAAACUUAGUCUUUGCGAAAAACCAGAAGAUGAUUCUUCUUCCUCUAGGACAAUGAAACCUAGGGGGUCAAGCAUGAGGCUGAUGAACCAAUUGCGCGGUGUCCGCUCACUAAGGGAAGACAUGGAAUCACUGUUGUGA